GAUUGCUUUACACAUGCAUGAUCAACACUCGAUUGAUGAUCGAGACCUUGGCCAGGUACGACACAACACGUGGAAUGCGUGCGCCACGUGAUCUGGCGAGUACACUAGUCCCAAAGUAGUUCGCCCAACGCGUUCCCCGCAUCAUCGUGUCUCGCGCCAUCUCUGCCCAACGCGACAGCGCUACAUAGCACUCGCAUAGCGAAAUCGCACUGAACAGGACAACAUGGCCUCUCGACACCGAACCACGCGGCCAUCUGCUAGUCGCCCGUCUGGGGUUUCUACUCCAGCCCGAACCGCUGGCAGCAACCGCAGCGCAGACGUCCUUCCACCAUACAAGAAGCCAUCCCAUCCCCUCGAUACAGAAGCGACGCGAGCCCUGAGGGAAUUACAAGGCCGUAACCUGAACGACAUCAAGAGGCAUAACAAGCAGGCUACUGAGCAUGUCACAAGCACAGCGGCAAACAUCAACGACAUGCUUCGCGAUCAUGCUGGAUACAUCGAGCGGCGACAGAAGAAGUGGGACGUAGGCAAGAGUCUGGAGGACAGAGAGGAAGAAGAGCAUACCAUGGCAGAGCUCCAGACGAAUGUCGAUGUAGCUACCACAAAGCUAGAGGAAAGCAUGCGAGCCAUCAUCGAUUCGGGUGUCGCUGCGCAGCGCAUCGAGGAAGCGUUGGAGUGGUUGAGGAACACUGCGCCUGCGCAACUGGCAGACGAAUAUCGGACACAGAUGUCGCAGCGGGAGACACAACGGCAAACCCAGACUCAGGCAGCGAGCCAGCGAGCACAAAACGAGGGUGACGACGAGGAGAUGGAGGACAGACCUACACCCGGUCCCACACCACUCGAUGGCUCUCGUGUAGCCCUCACAGGUGCGAGCGAGCUGUUUGCAGAUCGCAUGCAGCGCGACAAGGACGCCUACACAUCACUAUCCUACACAGCGCGCUAUGCACGCAAUAACGAUUACCGCGAGUUCAAGCGUACGGUACAUGAUGCAAAGUAUGGCGACGAGGGUCCUACACUAGGUCAUGAGGACGCCUGGUUCAAUGAGUCCGGGUCGCCAGCGCCUGGCAUUACGGACACACGACGAGGCGACCUCGACGACGACGAUGACAUUAUAGUAGACAAAGCGACCAUCAGCACGAGGUGUCCCAUCACAUUCCAGCAGUUCAAGGAGCCCUACACAAGCACGAAGUGUCCUCACACCUAUGAGAAGUAUGCCGUUCUCGAUAUGAUCCGAUCGGGCCCUCACAGGGUGGACGGCCAAAAAGCUAUUGUGUGUCCGGUCAAUGGGUGUGAACAGAUGCUCACCAAAGACGACGUCCGCAAGGACACUAUUAUCGCUCGCAGAAUCAAGCGCAUGUUGGCGGCUGAACUUGAAGGUGACGACUCCGAUGAAGACGUGCAAGCUCCUGAUGAAGUUCAACAAGUCGAUGGGAGCGACGAUCUGUCUGGAUCGGCUUCGAGACUGCAGGCUUCGGGGCCUCAACAGCCGCCAGAGUCAAGCAUUGUCGAGGACCUCGGAUCUCCGAGCGAUAGCGAGAUGUCGGUUUAGCCUAUGCACGAUGGGAAUGGCGUUUCGAUUUCGGAUGGGCUCAAUGAUAUCCAAAGGUGCAAAUACGUAGUUGCAUUUCAGCUGAAUAUGUUGAGACAUCAGAUAGGCCGCGCAAUCUAUGCGGCAUAGUACUUGUCCCGUAGUCAGGCAUCAAUCUUCUCAACAGCACCUUCGCAAC